AUGGAUGAUGGCAGGAGGGAUCUUAUUGAAGAAGAUAGCAUGAGUGAGGGUGGGGCUGAAGAAGAAGUAAGUGGGGAAGUGCUCGAAGUAGAAGUUGUAGAAGGUGAAGGAGUGCCCAAAGCAGAAGUUGCACUUGAUGAAGAUAACAUGAGGGAGGGUGGUGCUGAAGAAGAGUUGCAGAAGGUGAGGGAGUGCCCGAAACAGAAGGUGAGGCAGUACCCUGAAGCAGAAAUUGCAGAAGGUGAGGCAGUUCCCAAAGUACAAGUUGAGGUAACAAAGAUCGUGCAGAAACUGAGAAGAACUUCUCGCAUUACCAAACAGAUUUUGGAGUAG